UAGUCGAGAUCGUGACCGUUACCCAAACAAGACCGACGGUGACCGAAUGGCGCACUACGUCAUGCUGUUAUCUGGCCUUAUCUCGUGUUCAGAGUUGCACGACGACAUGCUCGAGCCAGAAGCAAGGAGCCAACCACCCAUCUGUCUGUUUCGGAGUAGUCAAAAGGAGUUUGCGUGUCCUGUUUGAGGCUCUUCGGUUUGUGAGGCUCGGUCGGCAUUGCGCGCCCGUCUUGGACCCUUGCGCACGGCCUUCGACCGGGGAAGCUACGUACGCACGUCGCAGCCAACCUCACACCUCGCCGGACGUUGCAUGUGCUGUUUGGACCCGCCAGAACUCGUUUACUCGCUCUGCGCACCAAGAAUGCCACAGUAAUGCUUCUUACCGAUUCGCUCCUUUGCCUGGCCUAUGCAGCUCCACCAGAUCCACCCCGCAUGCCAUGAACACCACCAAUGGUUCCUCGUUGUCCACCUCUAAGAGCAGCUCGACCCUGCGCCCGCGGACCCGGCGACUAAUCUCCGUCGAGGAUGACAUCUACGCAACCGACGACAGCGAGGGCUUCAGCUCAAGGAUCGGUUCGAGGCUGACCUCGAGGACAUCGUCUCCAGCCAACGUCACCUUGGCACCGUCGGCAUUCCUCAAAUCUGCUGGCAUUCAGGCCUCAAAGGCUACCCGGGACACAUCAUCGACUCUUUCAGGGCUGUUUGGUAACUCGUGGUCCGCAGUCCAGGGGCUGGCAGCCAAUGUCCUUGGUAGCGAGACCGCGUCCAACGCCUCGGCUACCCCUAGAAGACGCAAUCCGACACAUACACGACGCACGUCUACCAGCGCUCCGCCGCCGAAACAAUGGGGCCCCGCAGGCGCUGGCUCGCAUGUGGGUGCCGGCACACAGGAAGAGCGGGAGGCAAUGGUGCGAGCUAUGAAGCGGAGGGACCUGCUCAAUGCUACCGAGCAUCUGCAGCCAGACUCGAUUGGCCGCAUGAAGCGCAGAAAUUCCGACGACCGUACAAGUGCUUCCGCACCACCCGGCGACAACGAUCACGGUGAUGCGCUGGUAUACGUACAUCACGUCAAGAAGCAAGACACACUUGCUGGAGUCUGCAUCAAGUACAGCUGCGAGCAAUCCGUACUGCGGAAAGCUAAUCGCAUGUGGCCAAACGACACCAUCCUUUCUAAGAAGACGAUAGUGCUCCCUGUACACGCUUGUGGCGUCAAGGGGCGGCCAGCGCAGGGGCCGGACGCCCUGCCAGAGGAGGAUCUGCUACUUGGCGAAUACGCCGACACCUCGAGUAAGAAACCAGACACAGAAGGCCUGCCCAAUGGCUGGACAACACUCAAACAGAAAGCCACCGACACCAGCUCUGUCGUAUCCUCCAAUGCCGCUUCUGACAAUCCCUGGACACACGACUCCUGGGUCCUUCUUCCCAACGAUAAACAGCCCACACAGAUCGCACGCAUGCCCCGUCGCGCUCUGGGUUUCUUUCCCCCCGCCCGCCGGAAAUCGGUUGCCUUUUCGGAUGACGCAUCGACACCACGCGCCUCUGUUGACCUACCGCGCUCCUCGACCUCUACAAAUCCAAAUAUCCACACAGGCUCGCCUUCCCAGCCUACUCGCCCCCGUGCAUCAAGUAAUAUAUCUUCUCUCUCCGCGCACAGUCGUCAACGCAGCACCUCCGGUCAACAGCAACCGCCUAAACCGUGGCUAUCUGGCCCUGGCGGUGUUGGCACGCUUGGUCGCAAUGUGCGCAGCCCUGGGCCCGCACAAGACGGUCUGAACAAGAUGUUCGCUGCACAUUUGCCCAACGUGGCGCCGCCCCCCGGACAAGAGUAUUUCACACCGUGGGCACCCUCCCUGCUCGACACCGACGGCACGCGUGGCCCCGGCUCAGGCGUCGUCACUCCGUCAGGCGGCGACCUCAAUCUGCAGGAAAUCGGCGGUGCGAUCGAGGGCUGGAUGCGCAAAGUCGGCUCCCAGGCCCAGAAGCUGCUUGCUGAGCCCGGCACGCCUGGCGGACGGCAGAAAGUCGUGCCCGGUGUUGGCGCUACGGGCGGCGGGCUAGGCGACCUAAUUGAAAUGCAGGACGAUGCGUUUGAGAUUGGUGAUGGAGAGGAGGAUAGGGGCCGGCCCAGGGAUGGGCUCGUGGUGCCAAGUAUCAACGCAGAGAGGUCUGUGAGUCGGCACUCGGCUGCGAAAGAGUCUGCGGCAAGGGCGCAGCAGUUUCAGAGCUCAAGGCAGGACUUCAACCUCGUGUUGAGAGAGCGGAGCCGUAAGGGCGAUAGUAGCAAGACGGAUUGAGGUGGUUUUCGGUUGGCGUUGGGUAGCGUGCAUGCCAGCAGGCCUUUGUCACUUUUUCUAGAUCUCCAAAAGAAGCAUUACAUCUCGACCUCCUGUCAUCAUGCACAUCACUAUCGAGAUUUUACUGGGGAGUC